AUGGGAGUGCCUAUGCCAUCGCAAUCUCUCACGAACUUCGAUUCGAACCACCUCAUCAAGAUUCACCGACCAAGUAUCUGGCGCAUGCUCGUGAGUGGUGUGAUCCCGCUUUCUUUCGUGCUUACGACGGCUGCUCCUCUCAACGUCAGCCCCCGUCAACACGUCGAAGCAAGCGAAGUCACGACGGGGCGCGCAGCAAGCGGCAUCACUGGUCUGGCCGACGGCCUUUGUCAGAAUGGGUUAAGCUCGGGGGCAGAACCACGCGCUGUCCACAUCGGUCAAUUCAAUACGCAUAAAUCCUAUCCUCGAGGCGAGAUGUCCUUCGGCACGCCCAGAAGACGAGUGCGGACAUGCCUCACCGAGGAAGCGGCCUACUCAUUUCGUCAGCAGGACCGCCUUCUGAGCGUCGGGUCCGCCCAUUUCCAGCGGUUCUCUCAACGCCCCCGAUUCCCGAUUCGCGGCUGCGCUGCGAUGGCCCUCCCCGACGCCGUGACGCAUGUCGUCGCGAGGGUGCGCCAGACUGCAUGGCCCGGCACACGCCAUCCCACAUCACACAAGCCCGCAGCCAGGCGCGAGCGCCGAGAGCGUUGGAAAAGCCCUGGAUCAUCAUCAGUGGCCAUAUCGACGCAGCCCGGCCGGCAGUCGCCACCACCCUGCGUGAUGUCAGUUGGUGUGCUCCCGGCCAUGACCGGCGGUUCAUCGAGGGCUGCCGACGCGCUUGCGAAGGCAAAUAGGCGCUGGCUCAGCUGGGGAGGCCUGGCGUGCCGCCCGCUGGAGCGGCUCGCCGUCGAAUUCAUUGAGGGCUGCAGACUGCAGAAGGCAUGCCGUACGCAUAAACUAGACUUCAAAAUGACGAAGCACAGAAGCACAGAAGCAGAGAACUCUUAG